CGGCGGGUGGCGUCCGCGUUAGAGCAGGCGGAGCCGGGCCCGCCGAGUCGAUCCGUCUCGGAGGGCAGUGUCGGCUCACCGUCCUCGCGACCCCUGUUCCCUCCCUCCGCAGAAGCUGCUGGCGCCCAUGGCGGGCCUGGAGGUGCUGUACGCCUCGGCCGCGCCGGCCAUCACCUGCGCGCAGGACGCGCUCAUCUGCUUCCUGCACUGGGAAUUGGUGACGCACGGCUACCGCGGCCUGGGGGCCGGCGACCAGUCAGGUCCAAACGAUAAGAGAUCAGAACUGCUGCCAGCUGGGUGGAACCACAAUAAAGACCUCUAUGUGCUCCGCUAUGAGUUUAAGGAUGAAUCCAGAAGGCUCCUUGUGAAGGCUGUCACCGUGGAGAACAGCAUGAUCAUCAAUGUGCUGGACUGUGGCUCACAGCAAGUAGCAGACCUGACUUUGAACUUGGGCGAUUACAUCGAUGCAGAACACCUGGGUGACUUCCACAGGGCCUACAAGAACAGUGAGGAGCUGCGGUCUCGAAUUGUGUCUGGGAUCGUCACCCCUAUCCAAGACUACUGGGACAAGGCCAGCGUGAGCAGCCCUCACAAGGAGUUCCCGCCUGCCACUGCCAGAGAGGUGGACCCCCUGCGGAUCCUCCCACAACACCCCCACACCAGCCGGCAGCCUCCCUGGCGUGAUCCCCUGGGUCCAUUUUCUGUCGGGGGAGAGGACCUGGACCCCUUUGGGUGUCGGCGAGGUGGCAUGAUCGUGGACCCCCUGAGAUCUGGCUUCCCCAGAGCACUAAUUGACCCGUCCUCAGGCCUCCCAAACCGGCUUCCUCCCGGCGCAGUGCCCCCAGGAGCACGCUUUGACCCCUUUGGGCCCAUUGGAACCAGCCCGUCUGGACCUAACCCAGACCACCUCCCCCCACCGGGCUACGAUGACAUGUUCCUGUGAAGGCCUCGAGGACGUAACACCCCAGCCUCCCCUCCACUCGCCUGGAGCUGCCACCAUUGGCCCGACCAGCAGCCCUGUCCUUGUGGGCUGGGGACCAGGGAUCCUAUCCAUGUGUUUGCAGGCUGGCUGGGAUUGUCUCCCCACCCCCUCCGAGAGCCACGGCACCUGCUGCAGCCCGCCACCUGGCUGUGUGUAGGUCCCAGGGAGGCGUCUCUCACCACCAGCUCCUCCCCACCUCCCCGGAGAGACUCCGGCCACGUGUACCCGCGACCCGGCGCAGCGCUAUGAGGACAGAACGCAUUUUGGAUGUUAUUCUUAAGAACCAAAUGUCAAUACAAAAACCCUGUUGCCGGUCUCCCACUUCUCUUUUUCACGUAUGUGGUGGGGGCUUUCGAGUUUGAAUCCUGGGGUGCUGGGGGUGUGAAAAUACUCUUCCUACGCAGGGCCCACUUCUGCUUCUCGGGCGCCUGUUGCUCCUGACAUCACUGCAAAGGGCCUCAGGCUGGCUGUCCAGAGGGAAAUGAGUGACCAGAAACCCGGGGGCCACAAGGAUGACCUUCAUGGUGGUGGUCACUUUGGGGAAAGCGGGCGUCACUCUGACUAGGACGUGCUCUACCACUGCGUCUUUCUGGGUCUGGCCAGUGGCAGCCUGACAACUUAGGAGCAAACACACCUGAAGGCUAAUCUCAUUUUGCUACCAACUUAACUGAGUGAACCUGGCAAGUCCCUCUCCCUCGUAGGACCUGGGUGCCCACCCAUAAAAUCUGGGGUGCACAUUCUGCUGCCUGUGUCCUUGUACGGCAGUCCAGAGGAGCGGAUGCCGAAGGAAAGAGUGCAGGCCCAGGGCUCUUUGGCCCCGUGCCUGCCGGCCCCGCGGCACACAGAGGGCACAGGAACCCGGUCCCCAUCCUGUGGGAGGAGCCAGGAACCCCUGCCUCUACAGACAGUCCGGGAAUGUCUUUCCUGCCCACCGGGGAGCUCCCAUUCUGGAAGUCUGUGUCCAGGCCCCCUGACCUUGGUGUUCUCCGGAUCCUUUGCAGCCCGAGGCGCAGCAGAAGUGGUCAGUGAGGAGCCUGUGCUGGAGUGGAGAGAGCACCAUAGAACACCGGCUGAGAGGCAAGCUGCAGGGCCUGCUGGUCACGGCAGCCGAUGCUUCACACAGGGUUGGGUCCUCUGCACCAUGGGUCCCUUCCCCUGAAUUGGGACAAGUCUGCUCCCUGUAGGCGGGGAACUAACUACCCUCCUGCUUUCCUGAGACGCCUGCCUGUGUUCCGUAAUCUAGGCUUGCCUGCCUGCUCCCACUGCAGAGGAAUCAGGGCAGCUCAACUAACGCACAGGCGGGACCUGGUAGGGCAGGCGGCGAGUGUGAGCUGACUCCCUGGGUAUUUCCAGCAAACCAUCUCAAGUACGCGACUGAGUCAAAGACCCAGAGACAGGAGAGCGGCCAACUGGAAGCCUUCAGAACAUCCCUGCCCCGGAGAAGGACCCAGCAGUGGUCAGGCAGAGCGACGGCCACCACGGUCCACCAUAGUCAUUCUCCUACAAGGCUGGCACAUGGGUGGAACGGUAGCUUCUGUUCUGGGAACUGGUCCCUAUCUGUACCCAGAAGGACUCGGGGAAAUUUGCUCAUAAAAACAGGACACACUUAAAAGACUCCCAGAAGCAGGGAAGGUGGAGACCCUGCUUUCAGUCAAAGGCAAAACAAGAAAUUGGACACUUGGAUCUUCUGGGAGCAAAGGGUCAAAAAGAAGCCCCGUUGGGUGGCCACAUGCGUCAUUCUGUUUCUGACCAGACAGUUCAGUGACUGGUCUGGGAACUACCUGCAUGGGAUUCUGUGCACCGAGAGCAUCGUAGAUGGGUUCUGGGGGUGUCAAUGGGGCCUCUGUGAGUGAGCGCUUGCUUUGUUCUGGGCCAUGCUUAUCCUCCGGGCUGCUGCAGGUAAACGUUCUGUGGAACCCAGAGGGUUGGAAAGGCGUCACAAUAAACUUCAGCACGUAAA